AUGACUCAUAGCAUAUCACUGUGCCUUCUCUCUCGUUCCUCGUCCCACCUCUGCAGCCUGCCUCUGCGUUCUUUCGACCGCUUCUGGGACCGGGCGGCUGGAGUGGGGCUGUCAGUGAACCUCUUCAACCCCAUUGGCACAGGCUUCCAUCUCUCCCCCGGAGGGUUGGAGUUUGACGAGCAGGUGGUUCGGUUAGGCAAGCACACGAAGCUUCGCCUGGCCGCAACAUUCAUGUUUCCAAAACACCUGCCUCUGGAGGAAGACGAGGAUCCGAUCCGAGUGCGCGUCAACCGAUUAGGAAUCAAGACGCGGCUAGCAUGA